UUAGUUCAAUUUCUAAAACAUUUCUAAUGCAUGACAAGAAACGAUGUUUGUAAUGUUUCAUUAACCAAACGUUAGUUAAGAGUAGCAGGAAAACUAUUGUGUCUAAUUGUCAGCAGCCAUUAAAUUAUUUUAUUACUCAGUUUUACGACUAUUCGACUAAUAAGGACCGACGCCACACUGUUUUGGAGAUGGGACAAUCUUAGGUCAUAGUAUCAUACUCACUGUUUUUGCUUACUGAUUAGAAAUUAUAAUGACACGAGCGGACGAAUCUAGAUUUGCGUAUAAAAAGCCGCGUGUGAUUCAUAGAAGUUUAGUAUAGAGCAAAUAAUCGUGAUUGAAAGUCUCGGAAGCGCUUUCGAUAUUGGCUAGUUCGUUGCAACUGAAAUGGGGAAUAAAAGUUUCAAGACACUCAGCAUCGACGACUUUCUGGAGAUGACAAUGCGGCGGGACUUUUUGAAACUCAUCAAAAAGGAGCACGACCAACUUGCGGUGAUGAAGCUACCAGGUACUAUUGAUCAUUAUUCAAGACCUGAGAAUUCAUCAAAGAAUCGAUCCUCAUCUUUUCCGUGUUGGGAUCACUCUCGAGUGAUUUUAAAACUUCCCAGUAAAAGAAUCCCUUAUAAUAAAGACACAACAUCAUCUUACAUACAUGCAAACUUUGUAGACGGAUUUGAAGAUAAAAAUAAAUUCAUCUGUUCCCAAAGUCCGAUUAAAAACACGUGUGAAGACUUCUGGAGGAUGAUUUCGCAGGAAAACUGUCAUAUAAUUGUCUCAUUAACGAAAGUAGAUAACGCAUUUUAUUGCUAUGAAUAUUGGGCCAAUGAAAAGGGUUGGGAGAAAGUAUUUGGAAAUUAUGUCAUAAAAACCCUUGAAAUAAUUGAAGAGGAAACUUUCACCAGGACCCGGUUACUAUUCGAAGAUGCAGACAAUGAUAUCUCACGGGAGAUCCAUCACUUUUGGUACACUAAAUUUCCUGUCCAUUGUGGUUGGCCUAUAAUUUCGCCGGAAUUGUUGAAUCUAAUAUUCCAAGUGAACCAGAAACGAGACGAGUUGAUAAAAACAUUAGACUCCGGACCAGGACCAAUAGUGAUUCACUGCUCGAGAAUGGGAUGCUGGGCGGGAAUAUUUUGUACUAUCGACAAUGCGUUACAUCAAGUGAGAAAAGAAAAGACAGUGUCGCUCCCACAGACGGUACUAAAAAUUCGGAAGCAAAGACAUUCAAGUAUCUUUUGUUGGGUAGAGUAUGAAAUUUGUUACCGUGUAUUAUGUGAGGCUACACUAUGGAUGCAAAAUUAUAUGUAUUAUAAUUUUAAGCUGUCACCUGUAUCCCAAACCGACGCUGCAGCUAUGAACUUUUUUCUUGAGAAAUCUGACAACAAAUAA